AUGUCUCACCUAACGAACAAACGGAACUCACUUUCUAUAUUUUUUAUCUUUAAAAACUUUGAUAUUAUCGCUAAAAACAAUGUUUUCUCGUCUAGAGGUAUUGCUAUUAGGAAUGGUCACACAUCGACGUAUGAUAAGAACGUAGAGGAAGAAUUGCAAUCGAACAAAGUGCCUGAUGAAUUGAUAAAGCCUGACUCUGACAAAUAUUGGUCUCCUCAUCCUCAAACCGGUGUCUUUGGACCUUCCUCCUCAUCUACCGACACAACGGACAAGAAUCGCGGUGGUCAGGAGGACUCGAUGAUGAAGGAGAAAGCAUGGUUCCGUCCAACGAGCCUCGAAGAUUUGGACAAGACUCGUUCAUAG